AUGGCUGCAUGUGGGACCUACAUUCGGCCGGAUCCACUCGUCAGUCUCAUGGGGUUGGUUUUAGAUGGGUCACACGUCUCUGUAGGCAUAGGGUCAGUGGACGUGGUGGGCAGCCAAUCCCCACUCACGUCUUCCUCCCCAAUCCCCUCUCUCUCCAGUCCCUCCACCUCCUGGUCAAACAGCCGCCGCCCCAUCUCCUCAUCAAGCCGCUCGAGGCCAUGCCGUCGUCGGCGGGAGAAGCCCGGCGGCCGCUCGCACCACCACAUCCAGUCCUGCACGUCUUUCUCGACUAAGUGGAAGGAGGGCUACGGCGGGAGCAAGGUUAGGGAGGGUCCCCUCAGGAGGUCGCCCCUCUCGAUCUCCUCCGGCCUGCCUCCUCCGUGGGCUCAACAGGCUCAACAGGAGGAGUACCACAUACCGCCGCCGCCUGUGGUGAGGUCGGCGAAGGAGAGGCUGGAGGCCGGCAGGGAGCAGCGCAGGCUACCGCUCGCACUGCUGCCGUGGGCGGCUGGUGAGCUCCUCCUGUGCUGCACAUCUCCGAUGCGUUGUGCUAGACUCCUCUACAUGAGGACGCCGGCCAGCAGUACAACAACCUGUCCCUUUCCACCUCUUCUUCCAAGGAGACCUACAGCUGGUGGCUGGCUGGAUCAGCGCACCGCCGAAGGAUUGGUUGGUGGCCGGCGGAAGCAGCGCAAGCCGCCGCUCGCACCGCCCCAGUGUGUGUUUCCAUUGCUUCAAGGGGCGGCUGGUGAGAUCUGCCCGUGCUACACGUCUCCAGUGCAUCGUGCUGCAGUGCCUGGACUCCUCCGACACUUCAUCGUCUUUGAGGGUGCCGACCAGCAGUACAACAUGUUGUCUUCCACCUCUUCUUACAGCAUAGGACGGAGAACAAUUCUACCACACGCGCAUCUUCGUUGGCAUGGUGCACGAACCACUGCUGCAACACCUAGAGAGCAGCACAUCCUGCCGCCACUUAUGGUGAGGUCGCUGAAGGAGUGGCUGGUGGCCGGCGGGGAGCAGCGCAGGCCGCCACGUGCCUUGCCAUCGCUUAAAGGGGCGGUUGGUGAGAUCCGCCCGUGCUGCACAUCUCCGAUGCGUUGUGCUGGAGUGCCUGGAUUCCUCCGCACGAGGACGCCAGCCAGCAGUACAACAACUUGUCCCUCUCCACCUUUUCUUCCAAGGAGACCUGCAGACAUACCAUCAUUGGAGGUGCAGCUGGUGGCUAGCUGGGUCAGCGCGCCGCCGGAGGAGCAGUUGGUGGCCGGCGGAAGAAGCGCAAGCCGCGGCUCACACCACCGCCGCCCGCGUUGCCGUCGCUUGAAGAGGCGGCUGGUGGGCUCUGCCCGUGCUACCAGCAUAGGAUGGAGAACGAUUCUACCUGCAUAAACUUGGAUGUUAUGCUAAAUUGAUUGACUUUGAUACUUGCUACAUUAUGAACAAUGAUUAUUGUAGCUAAUAAGAUGGUUGUUUCAUUUUUUCAGCA